AUGUCUUCUGAAACAAUUGACCAGCCUGCACCUAGACCCUCAGGAAUUGUAACAACUGAUAACAACGAACGCGUUAUACCAGCAACCAGACGAGCAGAUGGCACCUUGCGAAAGGAACGACGAGUACGGCCAGGAUUUGUUCCUCAAGAAGACGUAGCUAGGUAUAAGAAUCGAUGGGCUCAAAAAAAGAAUGAAAAGCGAGUACUUAAAAAAAAGGAAAAGCGAGAAUUAGAGGGUGAUCUUAACAAUGAAAACCAACAAUUAGUCGGAAACAACGAAUUGUUAGAAGACGAAGAGGAUAAAUUAAAUAAAUUAGAACAGAUCCAAGAAGAAUUAAGAAGAUUAAAGCAAGGAGAUGAUGAUGAAUAA